AUCGGUAUUGUAAGUUUUGCAAGCCGGCAAGAGCAGCCAACAACAGGCGGCGUUGACGAACUUUGCCGCGUUUUAUAUGUCCAAAUCGUUUAUUGUCGAAAUAAAUCAAGUGUUACAAAAUGGAAGGCGUGAUCGAGGACAUGUGGACGCCGUACAAGCGUUUGUAUAAUAUAUUUCAAUUGACGAUUACAAAUUCCAACGAUGUCGUUUCCGAUUUGGAGCUGUGCCUCAAAAAGUACAAACAGAACUUUACAAAUUUUCUGCGCAAUCCGCCAAAGAGCGAGAAGAAUCGUGCACACCUGCGCAAUGCGUUGGUCGAGGGUAUUAUGCUGGCGGGACAGACACGAAAAGUGGAAUUGUCACAGGAUCUGAUCGAUGAGGCCAUCAUAAUAUCGGACAUGUUUGAUCUGGAUGAGAUAUUUGCCUUGGAACUGCUUUGCACGGCACAGCGUCAACAGAUUCAUCAUCCCGGCCUGCCGCGUGGUCUGGUCGCCGUCUUGCUCUACUAUGAUGGCCGCAAGGCAAUUGCAUGCACACUGCGCGACAUGUUCCAGGCGGUUAGUGGCGUUUCCUGGAGCACUGAAUUGCCCAGAGAGAUAACGGCGUUGAUUAACAACUAUUCCCAGAAUCUGGUCGACGAUUCCAAUAUACUUGGACGUCUGCUGGAAUUAAUCGGCGAUAUGGAUAUACAAAAGGAGAUUCAGUUGUUGACAAAGAAUCGCGCAUUUGGUUCGAAGAAGCAUCAGAACCAGGUGCUGGCACUCUAUGAGGACACACGCAAGGCAUUGGCCAUGGCCGUGUUCCAUUGGUCCGCCCAGCGUGGCUUGUCCAAGAACAUGGCCAUACGUUUGCUCCAAUAUUUGGCCAAUGUGAAAUCAACCGAUGCCAAUGGCAGCCUGGAUGAUGUUACUCUAAUUUUGUUAAUGGCACUUUUGUAUGCGUAUGAUACAUCGGUGCUGCUCAUUGCCGAUUGCGACAGUCCACACACGGCUCGAUUGCCCAUCUUAAGUGAUCCCGAGUAUGCCAAAUGCUUCUAUGAAGCCAUCUAUGCACAGAGCGCUUGGCAGACGCCACAAUUGGAUGCCAUUAUCAAGUAUAGCUUCGGAUUGACAUUGGCCAGCCUCAGACAGGCUCCAAGUGAGCUGCAAGCGAAUGCUGGCGCCAUUAUCAAUCGGGAUGAGCAGCUGAUUGACGAGGCACUCGCCGCCAAUGUCUUUUCAUUCUUCUAUCGUCAGUUGCUGGAGAAGAAUGUGGUCUACAGCACCGAGUUCAUCUAUCGUCGCUUGCAUCUGCUCAUUACGGACUUCAUAGACUUUAUGCAUGCCAAAGUCUCGGAACUACGUGGACGGGCGGAUGAAACAGCGCGCACCGUCAUUAGCUUUCAGAAUGAAGGUCUGGAACCGCCACCCAAUCUGGAUGUUAACUUUGAGCUAUUAAUGCUGUGCGUGGCCAAACUCUAUGGCGAUAAACGUGCCACCAUCACACUGUGCAACGAUUAUUGGGGUCCCACGGAUACCACAGCAAUCAAUGGAGGAUUCACGAAUCAAGUACAGAAUACUUCGCGCGCCAUUUCCCUAUUCAAGUUUAUACGUCUGGCCAGUGAACUGUUACCACAGACUCUGUUCAAGUCGUAUCUUAAAAUGAUUGCGGGACUAACACGCACCGAGUUUGCGGCACGUUGCGCCUUUAAUCUGUUGAAGAAUUCGCAGAAUUUAUCGGCAUCUUAUGCUGUCAGCUGGGAUCAUUUCUUCAAUGCACUCAACAAUUACUUCAACAAUAUGCGAACGGACUUUGAUACGAGCCUUUAUAAUCCAGGCGAUUCGAUUUAUCGCAGUCGAUCGAUGCCCAGAAAUAUGACGCCUAGGGAAACGGAGCAUAUGGCAGCUGUUAUGGGCAUAAUGCAGGCUGUGGCCGACAAUGAUGAAAUCUCCCGCAUUAUGAUCUGUGAGCAGGCUAAUUGGCAGACGCCACAAGUGUUGCUCGGACUUGUCUCGUGCUCGACACCCGUAAUGCUCAAGGGAGAGAUACUCUUUACAUUGGCUGCUCUCAGUAAAUCAAAGGAAUCGGCACGCACCAUUUGGUUUCAUUUGGAGGAAUCACAGAUAAUACCCACGAUACCGGUAAUGGCCAAAGCGUAUCCGGAAUUUAGUUUGGCGGAGGAAAUUGAUCAGAACGAGAGUCGACUGGAGACAUACAAGUUGAGUCGUGGCAUCCUCCAACUUCUAUAUACGCUGAUGACAACACACAUGCCACGUAGCCUGGGAUCGGGUCCACGCAAACCGGGCUUUGAUCCAUAUUUGAAAUUUGUGGUUGAUUCCAUAUUGCUCAAGUUUUAUAAUAGAUCCUACAAGGAUCAGGCUGAGAAAUGGGAAGUUGGCGCCAAGUGUCUAAAACUAUUGUACUACCUGUUGGCCAGCUAUCGCCCAAAGGCAUCCGACUUUCUGGAGAAGCGCGAUGAGAAUCCAUAUCCUGGCUAUCACAUCAUGUUGCAGCUGCAGGUUAAAUCGGACAUGUUGCGUCUGCUGUUGCGCAUUAUUGAAGAGGCACGGGAACGUCUCGAUGAUUAUAAUCAAUUCAAUGGCAAGGAAUUACUUGAGGAAUGCUCUCUCUAUGCUCUCCUGCUGCUCGAGGUGGCGCUGGCCAAGCAGAAUGCCUUCUUUGAGGCACAUGCCACCGCCAAUUGUUCGAUAUUGUUGCCUGGUCUCAAUCGCAUGCUCCUUGAUUUGAAUCCCCGUAGUCAUUGUCCCGACUAUGUCAUCAAUAUCAUUAAAUUUGUCACCUACAACAGUUGGCUGCCACGUCACACUCUGGCUGCCAUCAAGAUCUUGAGUGCGGUCACAAUGCUACCGGAUGUAAUCACACAAAUCCUAAAUAUGUACGCUCAGGGCAGCACUGAGAAAAUGGAGAUACGUCAACGUUUUGUCGAGUGCCUGGAAAUGGAAGUGCGUCGUGGUCCACAACAGGAUUAUGGACUCAUUGAUCAAUUUGCUCAUGAUCAAUAUGGUUUUGCCAUCGAUGCCAAUCUGAAUAUGAAUGAGUCGGAAAUGCAAGUGGAUUUGGAUGCACUGGAGCAUCGUAAACCGCAGCGCAUUGAGCUGCAAAUCAAGGAGGCAAUUGUUCAUCUAUUUGAACUGAAUCUUAGCCAACAGUUGCCCAAUUUCGUUUACUUUCUGUUGGGCAUUGAUGUCAUCCGUGACUUUAUGGCCAAUGAGAAGCAACAACUGGGCCUGGAUGUCAACUGUUCCUGCAUGAAUUCACUUGUGCUGCUGCUGGAACGUCAUCUGGAGCAACAACGUCACUCGGAGGAAUAUUGCGAACACACAGCCCAUAUUGUGGAGCGUAUUUAUCAUCUGUUCCAUGGACUCUGCGCCAAUCGUCGCACAUCGGAGCCAAUUUUACGUUACUUCCGUUUGACCUGUAAUGAUUUUCUGGUGCGUCACUUGAGCGCAAUGCCAUUCCGUCAACAUAAUGAGGAUCAUGUGCUGCAUGCCAUGAGCCAUUUAAUGAAUUGCGUUUCCAUUGAGAUCAAGCUGGCGGCCACACAUGGACAGACGACACGCUUUCAUCUCUUGUGCGACAUUUUGUUGGCCGUCAAUUCGGAAACGCAACGCAACGGACACUGUAUGCCACAGGAAAUGGGCAACAAUCUGUUGACACCGCCCACAGUCAACUAUUUUGGUGUGGAUAUACUACCCGGACGUAUAAUGCUGCAAAAGACAUCGCUGGGAUUGCAUGUGAAUCGUUUGUUGGAUUGCUUGAAGCUGGAGACACAAACAUUGACCCAACCACCGUUGGAGUUCUUUGACGAGCCGCUUAUAGCCAAAUUGUUGGUCGAUUGUGAGGCCAAAACGAAUGUGGGACGUGCGGGCAUGAUAAAUGUCCAUAAGCUCCAUGACAUCCUCCAUGAUGAGCUGCGUCAUGUGCAGAGCACAAUUGCCAGUGGUCAACGCAAGGCGAUCAUUGAUGAGAUCACAUUAUUACUACAGCAUGCCAUUCAAUUGAACUGUGUGCGCAUGCAACGCUAUGCCACCUAUAGUUUCAUGACCGCCUGGUGUCGUCUUGUCCAGAUACUGUUUAGCAUUAUGCCGGAUGCAUUGUUGCCCGUUAGUGUGCGUAAGCAGCAUAUGAUUGAUGUCAUUGAGAAGAUCCUGAUGAAGGUGGAGCCAACGCAACCAUUGAUCAAAAUCUCCAUACAAGUAACUGAAACGGUUCUCAAUCUGUUGGCCAAUCUACGUUGCUGCUACUAUCAGCUGGAGGAUCAACGUUCCCUCGAGGAGCACGGCAGUGUCGUCUGUCUCAGCGAUAUGCCAAAUACCACAGAUUCGAGCCAAAAGAAUGCCACACAAAAGAGCAUUGGCAAUAUCAACAGCAGCGAAUGCAACAGCAGCAAUUUGAGAUUCAUUCUCAAGCGUCUGAUCGAUUGGAUCAUGACCAGCGAGGUCAAGUCACAGAAGAUGAGCAUCAAUCUCUAUGCGGCCCUCCUCAACUGUCUGCGUAUUGUGAAACGUCUGCGCAGCGAGGAGCAAAUCGAAUACAACGAAACAUUUUUAGCACGCUCGGAGAACUACAAGACUUAUGGGAAUCUGCAGCCGGCGUUGUCUGAGGAGACGCAUCAAAAGGAAAUGGCAGCAGAGAUAAUAAGCGGAAUUGGAGAGAAAUUGAUAGAUACGAUCUGUCAGGAUGCCAUCACCGGUCACGAUGUGUGCAGCAUGCUGGCACUGUGUUGCCUGGACGUUAUUUCGGAGAUGCGUGCGAUAAGCACACUGUGUGAUAUUGUGACAACGCGUGGAUAUCUCAAUCUGAUGCUGGAGAGUCUGGCCAAAUUGAAUGAGAUGCUGCGGGAUGUGCUGAAACCGACGCCGAAUAGUCUGCGACCGCUUUUCGUUUACGAAUCCUACAUGGCAUUCCUUUGCCAAAUGUCACAGACUUAUGUGGGCGCCAGUCUGGUGCUCGGCGCCAAGGCAUUGGGUGUGCUGUCCAAUAUGCGGAUCUAUGAUAUGCAACCGGAUCUGAAGGCUAGUGAGCUGGAGCGUCAUGAGCCCGAUGAUUUUCUGCCCGCCAUCGAUGCACGUUUCCGUUCCAUCUUAUUGCCGGCAUUGUCACUGUGCAACAGUCUGAUUGAUACGCUUGGAUCACGCAACAAUUCGGCAUCGUUGCAAGUGCUGAAUUUCAUGAUAUCACACAUUGAUAUGAUUGAGAGCAUAUUGCGUGCGGCAACGCCAUUUAUGAAUUUGGGGCAUCUGCAACAAUUGGCGGCAAUAACCAAUUUAUUUGCCCGCACCACAACGCACGAUGUGGUUGAACUGCAGAAUGAUUUGUUGCAAAACAACGAUCUCGAUAUGAGCAAUCGUUUGAGCCGUUUGCAACAACUGAUGAUUGUGGUCUUUGGACGUUUUACGGUCAACGAGGCAACCAUUCGACGCAUGCUGCAUCAGGAGCGUCCGCAUCCCAAUCUGCCGGAUCUAACCGAGGAUGAGAAGAGUCAACAUGUUAAAUACUUUUUGGAUAUUGCAUCAAAUUUAUCAAUCUAUUGCCGCAAUGCAGUUACCAGCAGUGUCAAGGACGGCAUGAGCUCCAAAUAUUUGCUCACCACCAUGGUGAGCGAUGUGAGACCACUCUCUGGCAGCACAGAUAGCAAGAAACUGACGGUCGUCAUGCAGACCAUAUUGAAUCAAUUGAAGGGCUCAAUUGCUUAUUAUUUGUCACAGAAAUCCAUUGCCGACAAUCUUGUCCAGCAGCGUGCCUCACUGCCCAAUAUAACAUUUGGACCCAGCGGCAAACAAAAUUAUCUGGAAUUGAGUCAACGUCACAAUGAGAAACGCAGCGAACUUAUGCUGUCCGUAUUUAUAGCUGAACAGAAUUUAUAUUUGCUCUGGAUACAUUUGGAUUUCUAUUUUCGUAAUGCAGUCAUUUAUUCCCAGGAAAAUCGUAAUUCCAUUAACGAAUCCUCGCUAGAUCCCGAGAAUAUGUCCGUACUGAACGCCUCACAGGAUGAAAUAACGCAGCUAAAGCAAAUGAUCAUAUCGACAUUCAAUGAAACAUUCUGCACACAAUUGAUCACUGCCAGUGAAGGAUAUUCAAUAAAGUGCAAAAACUUUAAUACAUCUUUAAUGCGUCGCAUUAAAGCUCUUGUACAAUUUGCUCCACAAUCCUAAUGUAUUCUGUAUGCUUGUUUCAAAGUGAUCACAACAUAAACAUCCUCACUACGCGUCUAAUUGUUUUGUCGUGUAAUUAUAAUCAUAUUAUACAAAUACUUGUUAAAAUUAAAUCAAAUAAAAUCAUAUAAUAAAAGAAAGAAAACAGAAAA